AUGAAGACAUACUUCGUCACAGGUCGGAAACCAGAAUUCGUCUUCCAAGACACGACUGAUGGAGGGAGUCGAAAUUUUGCUGAAGUUCUCAAGGAAGAUAUGCUCAAAGACGAUGAUAUACCAUCGGAAAAUUCGGAUGACUCUGCGAAAUUCUCCAUCAAUUUGUCCGACGCAAGUGGGACUACCGAGGAAGAGUCUUCUCCUUCAUCUCCGAAGGUUGAUGGAGAAGAACUAGAAAUGACUGAGAAGAUAUCUGAGAAAAAAGACAAAAAAUCCAGUAGAGGUGAAAGUAGACGCUCAAGUAAAAGCGCUCAGAAACGCCGUCAAUCUCAGCCACUCUCCAAUACAACUUCACCAACGAACGAGAAUCCCGAUGUCGAGAAUCAACAGAGCAACUCAGGUUUUGUGAACAACCAAAACACAACUGAGGUCCUAAAUGAAGCUGCACGGCGUCUAGUCGAAACGAAAAUAAAAGAUGUAAAGAAUGAACAGAAGAAGAAACAGGAUAUUACAUUCAGUCUUGAGAAUCCCAAGGAAAUCUUGAAAGAGGCUCCCAGCGAAGCCAAUUUACAAGCAGUAGACAACAAUGUUGACGAAGCAACUCUGUUCAAGUCGAAACCAAAGGCACCUGAACGUUCUAGAUUGAUUAAACUCAAUCCAGCAAACAAAGUCUCCAGUGUUUCUGUCUCCAACAAACCCAUCCAACCUACUCCUGACAAAGUUACUGUGAACAAUGUGAGUUCGGAUGCUACUGAGGAUGCACCGAAUGAUGAUAACGAUAAAGUUGCUCAAGAGAUUGGCGAUCGGGAAGAUAGUCACUGUGAUGACUUUCUCAAUAUACAUGUUUACAGCUUUAUAAAUUCACAUCCUAAUUUCUUAUCAAUAUGUUUCGUUUCAUUUGAAGCCGUCCAACAAUACCGCGAAAUGGUGAAACAGGGCCGUUUUGAUCCAGUACCAGAUUUGCCAUUCUGUUCACCUCAGGCAGUUAUAUUCAAAGAUUUAGCUCAACCAUUGUGUCUAGCACUAACCGAAUUACUUAUCAUUAGACCAAAGAAUCCUAUUAUGUAUCUGGCUAUUUGGUUAAGAAACUACUCUAUGGACAGUUCAAAAUUUGACUGGGUUAUACAUUCCGGAUGA